GCGCUGCUGGGAGCCGAGCGUAAAUCAAGUGUUUUAGGAGGCAAAUGUUCUGUGAAACGGUGACGUGCUGCUUGAACUUUCACCUUCAAGUUUAGUGUUCGACUUUGCAGCUAACUUGUUGUUAGUUGUUCGCUGUCGUCGUGAGCAGAGGGGCGCGGCGUGUUGUGGAACUUUAAGUAGCGACGCAGAACGCAGCGGUUCACCUGUGCACAGCCAUGAGUGCACUUGUGGCUCCGGAGUCCGCUUCCGCGGGACUACGUGCGAUGUUCUACAUGCUCACUGCCAAUGAAUCAUCUUUUCAGAAGGUGGAUCAUGUUCCUGAGUAUGUGCAUCAGGCCACUCUUUUCUUUCUGCAUCUGAUGGUGCUGGAGCUGGUGGUGGGUGUGCUGAAGACUGGAACCCCAGUGAUCACCAUCAGCGAUGGACUCACAUCCAUAUCCGCUGUGAUCUCCAGACUCCCGCAGUUGCUGAUAAGAGGCUGUGAGCUGACCACUUACAUGUAUGUGUGGGACUGGUACCAUGUGGUGGAACUGCCCUGGGAUUCACCGUGGACCUGGUGGUUCACCUUCCUUGGAGGAUUUUGUUACUAUUGGGUUCACCGCUUCUCCCACGAGGUGGCCAUCCUUUGGGCUGCUCACCAGGUUCACCACAGUUCAGAGUACUACAACCUCACCACUGCCCUCAGACAGUCUGCCACCCAGCAGUUGACUUCAUGGGUCUUGUACCUGCCCAUGGCUCUCGCCAUCCCUCCCUCUGUCUUUGCUGUUCACAUCCAGUUGAACCUGCUGUACCAGUUCUGGAUCCACACUGAGAUGAUCAGAGACCUUGGACUUCUUGAGUGGGUUUUAAACACCCCUAAACAUCACAGAGUCCAUCAUGAAUUAUGGUGGCACGCUGAUCAUUGGGACCGAUUUUUUGGCACUUUUGCUGCAGAGACGGACAAAGUGGUGUACGGCUUGGUGUUCCCCAUCAACACAUUUGAAAUCCUCAGUGUUCAGUUACACUACUACAACAAUUUGUGGAAAAAAUCUAAAACGUACACCAGCAUUGCUGAUAAGUUGUCAACUUUCAUCAAAGGACCGAGUUGGAACCCUGAACCUCGGCUGGGCGACCACGAGGAAAAUCCAAAGGUUACCGGAGAGGAAGUACCUCAUGACCCGACCUGGUUGCUGUCCUUAAAAGUUUAUGUGGUCAUACAUUUCCUACUGGUGCUGCAGACUUACCACCAUUUGUUUCAAAAUCAGAAGAUGCUGUCCCAGCUCACCACUUUGGGAAUGACUUUCUACAUUCUGCUCACCCUCACGUCUCUGGGCUUGAUCAUUGACCAGAGGCCAGCCGCGGCUGCUGUGGAGAUGCUACGUUGUUUCAUCAUGGUGACAUUGAGGUACAGCUACCUGGUGCCCUUGCUCCCUUCAUGGCUGCUUCCAACGGAGGUCUUUGUCUCCCUCUCUCUGCUGUACUGGGCUGUGCAGAGCUUCUCUCAGCUGCUCCGCAUCAAAAAGAAGAAUGACUGAACACAUGGCGUACACUGACUGGACAACCUCCUUAGCAUUUUGGAGAAAUAAUCAAGUCAGUCAUAACCUGGCAUAAUUGAACACAUUUUAUUCAUGUGCAAAAUGUGCCACUAUAUAACUAUCCAUUUUAUCAGGUACACAUCUUUGUUUAAUAAAGUCGCUAUGGGUGUUAAUCUAAAAUUAUGCUUAGUUGCAAUGUAAUGUUAUGCAAAAUUGUGGCUUUUGUAUGAAAUGUUGUUUGAAAACACUGAAUGCUGUAUGAACUGAACUAAUAUUGUCACUUUACUAUUUCAUGAAAGCCUUUGGGUGAAUACCUUUUUAUUAUUUGUACUGCUGCAGAACUUAAACUGUAUUUCAAUAAAAGAUUUGCAGUUUUAGUUUACCUGUCAAUUUCUCUUUUAAGUCUCAUUCAAAAUGAAUCUGUGGAGUGUGUAUUUUAGCUGUGUGUAGAUUUACAAAUGACACAUUUUUA